AAUGAAGAAAGGGCAUUUAUUUUAAUUGAAAUGGACUCCUGUUGUCAAUAUAUACAAAAAGAACAGCUGCCAAGCCUGUUAAUACGAGAAACAACAAGGCAGGAAAUAGCAGCUAAGCUAAACGUCAACAGCAAAGCAAACGUCAGUUAUGCCAGACGGCUAACUUGCUAACGUCAGCUAGCAACCAAUUUAGCCCACCCGCUAACGGUAUGUUAACGGCCGUUUUUUCCUCAAACGAGGAAGAGUAACAUCGCGUUCAAUCUGACAUUUUGAGGCGUUACACGGUCGUUAAGCGCCGCGGACGGUGUCGACGUUUCUCCUCGCUCGCCAGAUGCUCACAUCCAGCGGUUAGCGAGACCUCGAGCCAAGCUGCGUUUAGGCCCGAACGGAGCGGUGGUGGGACGCAUACCGACCCGUCCGCCGUGAGUUCGCCCGAGAGGGGAAAUCUCUGCAGCAGCCAGCUGGGAGCAGGUAGCGGACACCCAGCGAGAGAGCAGCCGGGCGGAGGCAGCGGAUAUCAAAAGGCCGAGAGGCCACAUAAACCCCCCGCCGCACAGACGAGCCACAACACGAGGUGUGACUCCGCCAUCCUCGCUCCUUCCUCCUCUCUUCCUACACUGCUGCUCCGCUCCCCUCCCUCUCCGGCAACCGAACUGCGUCAUUCGCACGCCGAACCAAUCGAGCACCCAGAAGACACAAUGCCAGAGGUGAAGUCGAUAUUCAGAGAAGUUCUCCCUAAACAAGGACAGCUUUCCAUGGAAGAUGUCCCCACCAUGGUUUUAUGCAAGCCAAAGUUGCUCCCACUCAAAUCAGUCACCCUUGAAAAGCUGGAGAAAAUGCAGAUGGAGGCUCAAGAGGCCGUCAGACAGCAGGAACUGAAAGCGAAGGAGCAAAUGCAGUAG